AUGCUGCUAUUUCUCAUAAUGAAGUCACUGCGUCUCACCCAGCAUGUUGUCAACAAGCUUCAUAACUCCAUGUUUUUUGUAUCGAAGGUACCUUUUACUGUGCCAAAAUAAUUCAAUAGAUAGUUAAAGGCUACAAGCUAGUUGAGGCGCCACUCCGACUGAUGCGUUUACUCUAAGUUUAACACCAGGCUUCAUCGACCCACUUUACUUCCUGAUCGUCAGCCCUAACGUGCGCUGGUAAAAAGAAGGAGUAAUGGGCGAUCGCAUACCCUCUGAUCUUUUCUGUCGCAUGCGUUCUCGUCUUGGAAACAUGGUUAUGAAUGGUAAGUUCUUUAAAGAAAGGUUCUUGAAACGCCUGUCAACAUCGGUGUAAACGAUUUUGGAUUCUGCCUAUGAGAGCUUUACGUCUGGAAAUUUUCUGAAAUGGCUGACCAUAUUUGGAGGUUCAGCGUCUGUCUUCUUUGACGAUUUCACACAUCUCACAAACUCCGGUCGUAUCAGCCUCUCUUGACCUGGCCGAGAUCAAGGCACGAGUACCCCGAUUGUCGGCGGCUGUUAUCGUUUUGCAGCUGCGCCGCUCUGCUGGCUCGUCUUGACUUAUUUUUAGCCGAGACAGUAGCCGUUUCCGCCUUCGCCCAAGGGCUGAUAUCCCCGGCCGAUACCGUGUCAACUUUGGUGAUAAACCUGGCUGCUGUGUCCCACUUCGGUCAUUCAACCCCUCUCAGGAAAGACUUUCGACCGGAAACUGAACGAGGUCGACAUAUCUGGCUAUACUUUGUCUUCACAGCCUCCUCAGAUGACUGAACGCCAGUGGAGGUGCACCGCGUUUGCAAGUCGUCAAUUUCUUCAGUUUCGCCUCCUCCUGCACCUCCCCCUUCGCAGUUGGAUGCUGAGCUCACCAAGCUGGCCGAUGUCAUAAAUUUUCUCCAGUAACGGACAGCCUCUAACACCGAGGUCAUUCACCUGACGUCCUUUUCCUUAGGUCUUUGUCGUUUCUGACAUCCCCUAUGCCAUUUUCGGUGCAGAUUUCCUCGCCUCUUUUAAUCUUUUGGUCGAUAGCUAUCAGUCCCGUCUAUAUGACAAGACCAUCAACCUCACUGUCCGAGGCAUCGCCUCUUCUGACGCUUCCUGUCAGCUCGCCAUCCUGGGCCCUGAGCUCGUGAGUUCCCUUCGGUAACUCUUCUCCAAAUAACCCGGCCUCACUCGUCCCAACUUCAGCGCCCCGAAUCCACCACGCGACGUUUUUUAUCACAUCCGUACUUCUGUGCCUCUCCUGUUUUCUCAGCCCCACUGUCUCGCACCUGCACAACUGACCGCCGCCAACUCCGAGUUCGAGCUUGUACUUCAGAUGGACAACAUUCGUCAAUUGAAGUCUUUGGUCCCUGUCCCUCCAAAUGGUUUCAAAUACUGUCACUGAUGACUGGCACCCCUGCGGUGAUUACAGGGUCCUGAAGGACGUUACCGUCCCGGACUACUAAGCUAUCCCACAUAUUCAGGAUUUUGCCAGUGUCCUAUUCGGCAAGUCUGUGUUCUCGAAGAUUGACCUGGUCCGUGCCUUCCACCAGAUUCUCAUCGCUCCAGAGGACGUUUCGAAGACAACCGUUACCACUCCCUCUUGCGUUUCUCGGAUUCCUAUGCAUGCCGUCUGAACACAUACCAGAGUUUUGCAGGCCGAGUGAAUCGCGACCUAAUGUUUGUCUACGCCUAUAUUGACGACAUGUUAGUAGUCACUUCCACCGCCGAGGAAAACAUGUAUCAUCUUACUACGCUGUUUGACCGCCUUCAACAACUUGGCGUGCGCUUUCAGUGUGUCCUCCGGACACCUGGUCGACUUCAAAGGCAUACAUGCUACUCCAGCAAAGGUUGCGGCCAUAUGUGACUUUCUAUCCCUCUUCCGAGCUCCAGCCGCAGCGACGUCUCGGCCUGGCGAAUCUCUAACGCCGGCUCCUCUCAAAUGGCACCAAUACUAUCCGGCCACGAACGAGCUCCUCCUGGGUCCCAGAAGUUCGCUCGAGCUCUCCAUAGACAAUCCCACUGCCUUUGGCACGGCAAAGGCUGCCCUGACAGACGCCACUUUCCUGACGCAUCUACCUCCCGAUGUCCACAUCUCAAUCCUGCUCGACGUCUCCGACGUUGCAUUCGGCGCGGCUCUCCGACAAUACGUUGCAGAUUAAACACAACCCCUGAGUUUAUUCUUCGAGAAGUUAUCACCUGCCGAAACGCGGUAUAGCACGUCUGGACAGGAGAUGCUUGCUGUCUUCCUCGCCGUGAAACACUUCCGGCACUUUCCUGAGGGCAGGGACUUCACUGUACUUACGGACCGCAAGCCCCUUCCUCAAUCUCAGGUGUAACUCCGACAAGAUCAGCCCCGAAAAUUCGCCAACUAGAUCGCAUCUCGCGGUUCACUUUAGACAUCCACCACACCGAUGGGUGAGGUAAUGAGGUGACUGACACACUGUUCAGGUCUUCCAUCGCACGUCUCCAACUUUCGCCUGAGAUCAACUUAGCUGGGAGGGCUGCUGAAGAGUGCCGUGUCGGUUUUCGCUGUGAUGAGGACUUUUGUGGACUCCAACCCCAGGACCUGCCACUGACUACUAGCAACUACACCGUUAUCUUCCACGUCUUCACCUCUACCACCGCCCCUUUUUUCCGAAAUCCCGCGGCCGCAAUAUCAUCUCAUUCCUGCACAACCUUUCUCACCUAGAGAUUCGAGCUACCGACAAGCUGGCUUCCAGCCGCUCUUCUAGCCUGAAAUGCACAAAAACUUGAAAGCAUGGACGAGGGCGUGUCUCGGCUGUCAACUAAGUAAGGUUCAAAAAUAAAACAAAGCUGCAAUCGUCACCUUCUUCACUCUGGAUACACGGUCCGGUCACGUCCACCUGGACAUUGUAGGCCUCUUGCCCCUGUCUUACAGCUGUUCCUAUCUCCUCAUCUGUGUAAAUUGAUUCGCCCGGUGGCCGAAAGCUAUCCUCUUACCAGAUGUCGCUGCUCCAACGGUGGUCAAGACUUUCCUCAGUCGUUGGUUCACCAUUGUUGGUGCCAGCUGAAGGCCUGCUUACGCGCCUCUGACGAUCCGGAGAACUGGACAGAUCAUCUCCCCAGUCCUUGACAAGCCUCUGGUCUAGUAUAUGUUGGGAGGAAUUAGAUAUAGGCAAAAUUAACCGUAUACGUGCGUCCUUUUGGUGCGUUUUUUGUAAUCAGUAUAGUCUGGGAGUACAUGCAUCCCUCGGUUUUAGUACUAAUUAGACAUUCGUCUGGCAAAUACUUAACUAACUCCAAAAGAGCGAUCUACAGGCCUUUGUCCAGUGGUUCCGCACAUGACGCCUUUCUCUUGCUUAGCAUAAAUGCUCAGUCAUGGUGGCCGGCGACGACCACCAACCUCAACUAAGUAUCGACGGUCACGACAUAAACGUGUCGGAAGUUAUUAGGAAUCUGGGUGUAUCAUACUCCAAGAACCUCAGUCUUUCGGAGCACCGCGCCCUGACAGUCUCCAAAUCACGUAGAACGACCAGAUUUACCCUCCGAAAUUUUAAAACCGGCGAUAUUAGAAUGUGCCUUUAUAACAUGUACGUUAGACCUGACCUGGAAUGCUGUUCGUUGUUAUUUAGCCUCAUGCGUGCUGCUGAGCGGAAGAAGAUGGAACCCGUUGGACAUUUUUCACCAACAGAGUUUUAUCCCCGGAACACCGGAAUUCGUCGUGCCAAGAAAGUUGCCGGCCUACAGGCCUUGAUCCAUUGUGGUUUCGUAGAUUACAAAGGAGACUAUCCUUAAUAUUUAAGCUUUUCUAUAAUCGUACCGUUAACCCACUCAUUACUAUAAAACAUCUUGUCUACCCUCGACGUAGCAGUCACCGUGAGGUCUUUUUAUUUCUUCCUCUGGCACGAACCAUUAACUAUCAUCGGUUCUUUUAUGUGAACGCAACUGCUAUUUUGGAUAAAUUGCCCAGUAGUGUGAAAACUCUGCAAAAUUAUCCUUUAUUUAAGAGAACUAUUACGCUCAUUCAGCAAAACUCCCAUAAAUUCUGGGUGUUGAAUCCAUCGAUCGAAUGUACCGUAGCGAUGGCUUUCGUGGUCUCUGAUCCCCAUGGCCAGUCUCACGAAGGACAAUUUCUCUAUCCAGCAGCGACAGCUGUCCUUCAGUGCCUCUCUUUGGUCCAGUCUCAACUUCAUGAAAAGAAUUGGCGACUGAUAAUAUCCGUUGCAGUGCUACCCCUCCCUUUAUUGACUGUCGUCAUUUCAUAGGCAGCAGUUUUUUUGCUCAUGAGCCCUCCAAACUAUAAAAAACCACCAUCAACUUUAUUUUUUUGUAUCCUGAGUUUUUUUUCACUGCUGGCCGGAUUUGCGUUUGACCUUUCCUAACAACGCCCGUGAACUGGCAGAAAAGACUAUUAUUAUUAUUGUUUCCGUGCUUCACAAUUUUCAUUUGGUCCCAUCGCCACACAUUUCUCACUGGCCGUAUUAUUUUAGUCAGGCCUUAAUUGCUACCCACGCUGCCUCAUCUUCUCAACUAAUAUGAGUGCUGUAUUUAACCGUCAGUUUCAAAGCACCAGUCAUCUAAAUCGGUUAUUAGACUUCUGACCAACAUCGGUUAAUCUUGAUUAGAGAAUCUACCAGCCAGCAAAUAACCGGCAUUCAUAAUCUCGGCCUCCUAGCUGAGUGACUCAAUGAUAUUGUACUGUGGUCCCGCACAGUAGAAUCCCGUUUACCUUGAGACCCAUUACAAGCGAUGGAACGGAAUUCCAUUGUCGGGGCUGCAUUGUAAAUGGAUACUGACAGAGACCUUUAGCUAUUAAAGACACUCCGUCCACGAACGACACAUAUACCCCUCAAAAGGAGGCUUUCAUCUCUCGUACCUCUCUGUCAACCCAAAACGCCCGCAGCAUUUGGUUUCCGAGGAAGACCUUAAUGACCGAAUGCCUACGCAUCUUGUUUGGUGCCUGAAUUAGCCGGCAGAUGGACCAAAUCUCGAUGCCACAAGGUUAAAGUAAUUUCUCCUGCUAAGGCCAUCCUCUGUGUAAGCUAUCCUGGCGUCGAACAUUCCUUCCUCGUCUGUCUAAAUGUUUGUGGGGACCGCUGACCACAUCCUCGAAUUCUACCAGCCGCCUUUUACAAUCCGUGUUGCUAGUUGUAUCACAUCAGCGCCAACUGCAAGCUAGAUUGCCAUGAAAUGUCUAGACGACCUCAUCCUUGAAGUUUUCCAGCAUCGUGCUUCACGUGCCUCUUGCCAUCGAAGCCCGUCUAUUACUCGCCGUUGGAGGUCUCCCACUGCAGUGUCAGAUCCGUCCGCGCCUGACGGUCACUGCUGGCACCAUCACAUAUAUGGGUCCGAUGCCUAUAAUUGCUAGUCUGCAUACGGUUAUGGGAAAUCCUCGGUGGCUACUCACCUGCCAACCCGUAACGUCGAUGACCUUGGUCGGCCCAACCUCCCCAGGUAGCCUGCUCCGCAAUUUCGAUUUGAGUCCCAGCCGUAAUUUCCUCAUGGACACUGAUGCUGACAUCAGUCUUAUUCUACCCCCUCUGGCUGAUCUUAAGUUUAGACAGCUAAUAUUACUUGCAUUAAAACAUUUGCUCAAGGUUCUUUUAUCUUAUACCUUCAGUCACGAUGCACUUUCCGCUAGAUGUUUACUAUUUUUGAUGCUCGUACCGUAAUACUCGCAGCCGAUUUUAUACUACUUUUCGAUCUCCUCUUUGAUAUGAGGUUCCAUAAAUUUGUUGAUCCGACGAUGUCUACGUAUUUUAAUUGUUCAUAUCGUACCAUUUCGUCCCCUAGUUCAUGCAUUUCAAUAAUUCCUCCGUCCGUUCCCUAUCGUCGUUUGCUUUCGGAAUUUCCACCUUUCACCCUAGCUAACGAACCUUAAUUAGGUCCCCUGAGACUUACGCUUCCUUUUUUAUGCAAAUAAUCCUCUAGUUACAAGUUACAGUGAACAUGAACACCUAAAACACUAACGUCUAAUUGUUUGAGCGAUUGAGUGAACUUGGCGUUCUCACCGAUACCUUUAAAUGCGCUUUGGCGUUUCCUUGUUCUCCUUCCUAGGACGCGGCGUAGAUGGUUUCCGUUGUCAUCCAUGUGCGCCAAAGUUUCAGCUCUUCACGAGUACCCUACCCUAGCUACUUACCGGCAACUGCGACAUUUUAAGGGCCUUGUCAAUUUUUGCUGACGUUUCAUCUCUCGGUAAGCCCACUUUAUGUUAAUUCCCACGGGUCUUUUACACAAUGACCAUGAGUUUCCUUCUCCUGACACAAUAUUGAACGCAUUCCAAUGCGUCAAAGUGAUUCUUACGGAUAUAACUGUUCUUCCUUAUCCUCUAGUUGAGGUCCACUCUCCAUUUUUGCUGAUGCCCUCUAGCAGCAGACCCUAA